AUGGAAGAAGAAAAAGCAGUGGCGUACUACGACGAGCUGACCCGUAAGGGCGAGAGAGCUGCGAGGGUCAAGCGAGGUCUCGGCUUUUCCUCUUCAGCACCAAACGACGAUGUUGCAAAACCCUCCUCCUCCUACCUCUCCAAAUUCGUCAAAGCCUCCUCUGGGUCGAAGAAGGAAGCGCAACUCCAAUCCUUCCACGACAGGCUCAAGGAAAAGCCUUCUUUCGAGUCUAGGGUUUUGAGCAGGGAUAGGGACAGCAAUAGAAGUAGAAGACGAAGCAGGAGCAGAGAAAAACGUAGGAAAAGGAGCAGAAGCGGUGAUAGAUACAGGGAAUCAUGA